ACGUGACUCACAACUUCACCUUCACAAAACACACACCUCAUCAAUUUCAAUACAUACAUUCAUCUACAGGCUACACACACAAACAUAAACCCACAGAUAUCGAAUAAUCGAAUCCAACCGCGUCUCUCUCUCAAUCCUAUCACUUAUAUAUUAUUUCUCACUCUCAUAGUUCAAGAAUUGCUUUGGAUCUCCUGGUGAUCACAUGCCUCCAGCGCUGAAGGAGGAUAUAAGGAGUAUUGCCACUUGAUAAGCUAUUAUAGAUCAAUUUUUGGAAUGGAAAUAGGUUACAUAUGUUACAAAUGAGGGGGAGAAAAUGCUUGCAUUAAACAGUACAUGCAAAUGAAAGACAUAAGAGAUGAAGCUGGGCCCUCGGAGCAAAGGGCUUCUAAUACUAAUGGCUGGCCUACAGACUUCAUCGAAAAAUUUGGCUCAGCUUCCUUGCAUUCUAAAGAAGAAACAUUAAGUGGCAAAGAAUUCAUGAGUAACAAUGCAUAUGAUGAUUAUACAUCUCAGACAGCGUCACAGAUCCUCUGGAGUACUGGAAUGCUUUCAGAACCUAUUCCAGAUGGUUUUUACUCUGUCAUUCAUGAGAAGAAGCUCAAAGAUCGUUUUGAUUAUGUUCCUACUUUAGAUGAGCUCUCUGCUUUAGAGCUGGACGGCUUAAGAGCUGAUAUUAUUCUUGUAGAUUCAGAGAAAGAUAAGAAGCUUUCUAUGCUAAAGCAAUUAAUUGUGACAUUGGCUAAAGGUUUAAGCUCAAAUCCAGCUGCGAUGAUAAAAAAGAUUGCAGGAAUAGUAUCUGAUGUUCAUAAAAGACCAAAUGUUGACUCAAGUGUGGCAAAAGCUGCGUUUGAGGAAACCUCUCAUGUCUCUGCUAAUCGAGGUGUGCAGAUGUUGGGACAAAUAAAAAAUGGUUCGUGCCGUCCUCGGGCAAUCUUAUUUAAAGUUCUUGCGGAUGCUGUAGGACUUGAAAGUAGGCUAAUGGUGGGCUUUCCUAAUGAAGGAGCGUCUGAGUGUGUGGACUCGUAUAAGCACAUGUCUGUAAUCGUUGUCCUUAACUCCGUAGAACUAUUGGUAGACCUUAUGCGUUUUCCUGGCCAAUUGAUACCUCGAUCUCCCAAGGCAAUUUUUAUGACUCAUGUGUCUGCAGCUGGAGAAAGUGAUUCUGCUGAAAAUGAUUCCUGUGACUCGCCACUAGAACCAAAUAGUCCAUUAUACGGGAGUUCGGACAGACUUGAUCACGAGAGUACUGAUAAAGAUGACAGCCCACAAUACCAACGGAGUCUGGAAGCAUCUCUAAAUGCUCCAGGGCCUUCUUUGAGGAGUAUGAUGUUGCGUUCUACCUCUAUUGACAGAAACUUGAGUUCAUCACAUAGUGAAUCCAAUAUUGCAAACACAUUUUGGCGGAGAAGCCGGAAAAAGGUCAUUGCCGAAACAAGGACUGCAAGUUCAAGCCCGGAGCAUCCUCUAUUUCGUGCACGCGGACGCUCUAUGCUUAGUGGUGACCGCAAAUCAUUUAGAGACUAUUCUGAUGACAUUGCUACAUCCAGCUGCAGGUCGGAAGGAGCUUCAACGUCAGAAACCCGUAGACUAAGAAGAAGAAGCAUUAGUAUUACACCUGAGAUCGGCGAUGACAUCGUAAGGGCUGUAAGAGCAAUGAAUGAAACGCUGAAACAGGACCGCCUCUUGAGACAACAAGGGGUUAAUAGACAACAAGGGGUUAAUAGGACAUAUCCCGACUUGUUGGAUGGCACAAAUAGUGGCGAAGAUCUUCAAGGGAGUGUAUCUGAAUUUCACCUUUCUAGUCGCAAUGAAUCAUCUGCCGGGACUUCGAAUCUGUAUGGUUUUCCCAAGGAGCAUUUCAGUUCACAGAAGGCGAUAUCGCUACCUUCAUCUCCUCAUGAAUAUAGAAGCCAGGCUUUGGGAAAAACUGGGCCCGACGAGGAAAUGAUCUCUACAUGGAAUAAAAUUCUGGAAUCACCUAUGUUCCAGAAUAAGCCUCUCUUACCUUUUCAUGAAUGGAAUAUCGACUUUUCAGAAAUUACCGUUGGAACACGGGUUGGAAUUGGAUUUUUCGGAGAGGUAUUCCGUGGUGUAUGGAAUGGAACAGAUGUUGCAAUUAAAGUGUUUUUAGAACAAGAUCUCACUGCUGAAAACAUGGAAGAUUUUUGUAAUGAAAUAACCAUCCUGAGCCGACUUCGACAUCCUAAUGUUAUAUUAUUUCUCGGAGCAUGCACGAAGCCUCCACACUUAUCAAUGGUUACUGAAUACAUGGAAAUGGGAUCAUUAUAUUACUUGAUACAUUUAAGUGGUCAGAAGAAGAAGCUCAGCUGGAGGAGAAGGCUUAAGAUGUUGCGUGAUAUAUGCAGGGGGCUGAUGUGUAUACACCGGAUGAAGAUAGUUCAUCGUGAUAUAAAAAGUGCAAAUUGCCUUGUGAAUAAACAUUGGACAGUCAAGAUCUGUGAUUUUGGGCUUUCAAGAAUGAUGAUAGACGAACACAUAAAUGACUCCUCAUCAGCAGGGACUCCCGAGUGGAUGGCUCCAGAACUUUUCCGAAAUGAACCCUUCAAUGAGAAGUGUGAUAUUUUUAGCCUUGGGGUAAUAAUGUGGGAGUUGUCCACACUAAGUAGGCCAUGGCAUGGUACACCUCCAGAGAAGGUUGUUUAUACUGUUACACAUGAGGGCUCAAGACUAGAGAUCCCUGAAGGUCCACUUGGGGGGCUAAUUGCAGAUUGUUGGGCAGAACCGAACGAAAGACCAAGCUGUGAGGAUAUUCUCACCCGUUUGCUGGACUGUGAGUACUCCCUCAGCUAAUUGCUGUCCAGACUGUUGUAUAGAAAACAACAUAGUAGAGGUGUUAUUAUAUAUUACCGGCUCAAAUUCUAGUAAUACUUUUUGUUUAAAUUAGCAGUCCUAUAAAAAAAAAUUACUACCAGUUUCCAUUUCGAGCAGAAUCAGUUCAUACCUAUUACCUUGAAUGUAAAGUUGACUCAUGUUUAAUUACCGGAUGGAUUACUUUUGCACUCUUUGCUGUACACACAUUGUUAAAAUGUUGAGCAAGUUGAAUACUGGUAGCAUUGUCCGAGGUCAAGUACCGCUAUUGUUUCGUUUUUC